AUGGGUAAAAAAAAUAAGUCCAAGAUUAAUCCUAUUGAGGAAUUGAAAUCAGAUUGUUUACCUAUUCUAGAGUUACAAUACUCUGAUCCAUUAUUUCAAAUUGCUAGUCAUCCGGAGCAAGCAAUUAUUAUCAGUGGUUUAGCAACCGGUUAUGUUUAUUGUCAUCGUUAUAAUGUUACAGUAUUGGAGAACUAUUUGCAACAACAAAAGAAGAAGUUUGUAAGUGAUGCAGAUGGAAAGAAGAGUAAAAAGGUAAAAUUCUGGACAGUUUAUGAUAUCAUCAAUGAAAAUAAGGACAAUGCUGAUACGGGAAGUGAUUCUGGUGUUGAAUUGAUUUGGAAAACAAAGAGACAUAAAGGUAGUGUAAGGUGCAUUGCUUUAGAUUCAGAUGGCCAAUUCGUUUACACCGUUGGUACUGAUAAUGUACUUAAGAAAGCUGACGUUUUGACUGGUAAAGUUGUUAAAAAGACUAAUUUAAAAAAUGACAACGGUGGGAAAUAUACUAAAAUGGUCAAAUCUCCUACCCAUUCACUAUUAAUAUUAGGUGAUGAAAAUGGUACUGUUAUUGUAUUGAAUAGUGAAACUUUACAAGAGACAAAUAGAUUGACAAAAGUUCAUAACGGAGAUGAUGCAAUUAAUGAUAUAUUUCAUUUUGCCAAGAGAUCUAUAUACAGAUAUAUUUCCCUUGGUCAAACAACAUUGGCAUAUUGGGAUGCUAGAGAAUCUAAUGAAUCUGACUUCAAGUUAGAUCCAGAAGAUACAACUAGUAAGAGAAAAGUAAUGUUGAGUGAUGAUCAAGAGGAUGAAGUCUUAUGUGGUACAUUUGUUGACCCAGAAGUAGGUGAUAAUCUUGUCUGUGGUAUGGGUGAUGGUAUAUUGACUGUAUGGAAGCCCGAAAGGAAUGACUUAGAAGAUCAAUUGAACAGAAUUAAAAUUGCUAAAGAAGAAAGCAUCGAUUGUAUAGUCCCAACUUUACAAGAUGACAACUGUAUCUGGUGUGGUUGUUCGAAUGGUAAUAUAUAUAAAGCUGAUAUCAAGAAGGGGAAAGUUGUUGAAGUUCGAAACCACAGUUCAUUAGAUGAAGUUUCUUUCUUAGACUUGGAUUACGACUAUAGGGUUAUAUCUGGUGGCAUGGAUAAAGUUAAAAUAUGGCAAUCAAGAAAUGAAGUGUCGGAAGAAGAAGAUGAUGAAGAAAGUGAAAGCUUUAGUGAUAGUGAUAGUGAUAGUGAUAGUGAUAGUGAUAGUGAUAGUGAUAGUGAUAGAGAUAGAGAUAGAGAUAGUGAUAGUGACGGAGAUAGUGACGGAGAUGAUAUCGGUAAUGGCAGUGAUGUCAAUGACUCUGGUGCUAGUGGAUCUGAAAAUGAUUCAAGUGAUGUGUGGGAAGGACUUGAAAAUGGAUCAGAUGAUGAACCUGUUCAAGAAAAGGAUGAAACUUCAGGGAGUGACAUGGAUGAUAUAGAUGAAGGUAGCGACUCCUCUGAAGGUGAACUAAUUGGAUUGUCUAGAGAAGAACUAAUUGCCGAAUUGGACGAAGAUAUAAUGGAAGAAAGUGAACAGGAAGGAGAAAAACUACAGAAGAAAAGAAAGAAUGAACCAAGCAAAAAGAAUACAAAGAAUCUGAAGAAGGUAAAGCCAUCAUAUAAUGACUCACACGGUAUUAGAAAAUUUGAAGGUUUAUAG